AUGCAAUUCCAAAGGCAGAUUUUAUCUAGAAUAGCUGCUUCCUGCAUUCAUGCACGAAAACUGAACAGCUGCAGGAGUAAGUUGAUCACAAGAAAUUCGGUUGAAGGUAAACAGUGUUUAUUAAUAAUUACAAGAGCGCAUAUCUGUUGUAGCCUGAAUUCCAGUCGUUUUCUCCUCUGAGUAAUAACGACUCGAAGUAAUCGGAUAAAAUUCAGGCUAACAUCUGUUGUCCAUGAAUCUUUCCUUCCUUCCUUUUCCUUCCUUAUUAUUUUCAGUUAUUUCGCACUGUAGUCCCCGGUAGUCGUAGUUCCUCUCAUGGAAUGGAACGAACACUGGCACUUUACCGACUUAAUUUUGCAAAUGUGGCUUCUAUUUCAUUUUACAUCUUUCCAAUUUCUUUUGAUGUGACAGUCAACUUUGAGAGCGCGGCGAAUGAUUUUUUUUGAAACAUUUUGGUGAAAUAGGGGUGGCCCGAGAGUGAUACGUGUAUGUAACAGUUUAUUCGGUACAGAUAUCUGGCCACUUCAUUUUAAUGUCAUCACUCUUUGAUGGACAAGGUGUAACGCAGUGGGGGUUCCCGAUUUAAAAGAAAAGGCCGAGUACACUGCAGUUUAGCUGGAUAUAAAACUUAGCAUAAAUAAAAAGAAAAAUUAUUUUUUACUGUCUUGUCUGAAAUGGAAAAUGCAGGGCAAGUAAUCUACUGAUUUCGUUGGAGGCUAUAUAGAUUGUUUGGUGGCGAGAUGUCUGUUUCAUGCAUAUCACUAUGGUACCAUGGAACAAAGCUGUUGAUGUACGAUCACACUUUCCCACCAAACCAUAAUCACCACUAAGAAAUGUAUAAAAAUGUGUAAUUUUCUUAAUACUUGUUGAAAGGAAAAUUCCAAAGGAAAAUUCCUUCACUUUAAUUUUACAAUGAAAUGGUCAAGUGACAACAUUACCCUACUAAGUAUAAAAAGGGCUUUUGAAUUUUAAUAACUUGCGCCUCUUGAGUGAUGCAACUUAAGCCGUUUAAAAAGUCGCAAGUAAAUAGGUACACAACAAGUGAAACUAAACCGUUACUUAAUCACAUUGUCAUUUACAAAAAAAUGGAUUAAGUUAUUUUUUUAUGUGAUUGUAUGGAAGGUAAGGAUCCUUAGGUAUUCUGGGAACAAAAGCAUUGCCAUCAUUGGCACAUGCACGAGUCUCACACCAACUUAACAUUCAUCAAACCUUUUAUCAGUGUUUAGAGUAUUAACCCUUUAAGCCUCAAUAUCCACAUACAAUUUCUCCAAACUGAUCUCUAUACAUUUCCAUAAAGAAUUAGCUGAGAGAAUUUGGUAAAAGAUCAAGGCAUUAUCUCUUUGGUGAUCAUUUUAUUAAUUCUCAUAACAUAAUCUCUUGACAAUGUAUAGAUAUCGUUAGGAGAAAAUUGAUGUUGGUCACCAUCGGGACUUAAAAGGUUAAGGCCCGGUUCAGACACUGAUCUUUUUAUGAGCUGAACCUAAUACAGUCGAACGUCGAUUAUCUGGACUCGUUGGGACCAGACGAAAUAGUCCCGAUAAUCCAGGGUCCGGAUAAUCGAAAAUAUGAAUAUUAAUGAAGAACAAAACUGAUUAAAUUGAGAAAAUGACUAUUAAUCGUGAAACAAGACUUUUACAAAUUGUUGGGGGGACCAGAAACUGGAGUGCCAGAUGUUUGUUGCUGAAUAAACCAGACAUACAGGGCUUUAUCGAGCUCUUCAUCGUGUGCAACUUUCAUUGAUUUUUGCUCCUGUCCUUUGCUGGUCUCGUUGUACAUUGGAAUUAAGUACAUGAAAAGUUCGGCGUCUGAAUCAGUUAGGAAUGCCUAUUUCAAUUUGGAAUGGCUCAGCCGUUCUUCACGCCUAGCCUGGCCGGGAAUUUUGACUGUGGAACGGCCUUGGAACAGCUUUGAUUCAGAUGCUAAACUUUUCAUGUACGGAACCUAUAUUGCAUAAAUUAUAAUAAAGUAUUUUGCAAGCAGUUUGAUCAAAAUGAGCAUUUUUCUCCUUUUGAAUUUAGUUGGGCAUCUGAAUCAAUUCAGGCGGUCCAAAUAGUUUGGGUCAGGUUAAAUUCAUAAAUAGGUUCAGCUCAUAAAAAGUUUAAAGUUUGGCGUCUGAACCGGGCCUAAGAGGAGGAGAAGUACAACAUAAAGCUCAUUAAUAUUGGGUCAUUCCACAGUAUUCCGUCUGUUGCGGAAGGGAAAUUCAGAGACACUAAACAUGUUGUAGUGUAAUAAGUUUUUUUCAUUUACUUCUGGAUAUUUAUGGAGUUUUUAUGUCUUUUAGGGAGCUAUCAUUUCUAGUCUCAUGCUUUUCUCUUAAAUGCAUUAUUUAGCUCGCAGACCAUCAAAAGAGGGCUGUUGCGGAGGGGAACAGAAAAUACCGUGUUCAAAGUUUUUUUAUUUCAUUCUUAAUUUUCUAUGAAUUCUGGAAUGGUAUCCUAAGCUCACUGGUUUUUUCCAUUUUAUCAACUUAUGUUAAUUACAAGAAUCAUAAAAGGAAACUUAAAUGUACAGCUCUUUUUCAGUGAGGCAGGAUCCAAGACCACCAUCCACUGUUGCGGAGGGGAAGUUGCGGAGGGGAAAAUGUGUCCACAUUUCAGUAUUCAUAAAACAAGCCACGAAAACCUAAUUAUAACGACCAUAUUUUAAUAUAUGAACUUCAACAACUUUACAUUGGCUUUAUAUUUAUUAAUGUCUCUGCUCCUUUAUGAUGCAUGUCUAACGCGAAGUGACUUAAUUAUAAAACAAAUAAUGACAAGUUGGCGAUAAUGGGGGAGCACUGCCGUGCGCUAGGUUAGCGUGUGCGACUUCCGGCGAUGGCGUGAGCAAAUUUAAAAGAACCUCACUUAUCUCCCCAGCACUACGAGCUGAAUGCAAUACAGUACGUGCUGGAUCAGACAAGAGUAUCGGUUUGCAGGCGAUAUUAAACGGCAAUGCAGCCAACAAGCUUGGGGGAAGUCCCUGCACAGACUUAACCGCACUGCGAGGAGUGUCCCUAGUUUAUUUGAUGGCAUAGCACAAAACAAAGCCCAAACCUCGUCUCCAAAGGGAGGGAGCUAGGGAGGGAAAAUUUUUACAAGAAUAGUAUACUGAGCGCUUAAACCUUGCUGAACACUGGAACCCCCUGAACAGUUGUUCUACGCUUUUCUAGCUAGACGCAUGUCUGCUGGCAUCGCCAGUAGAAAAGGCUGUACUACAAGACAGCUCAGCGUUGCAUGUGCAAACUCUUAGCCAUGAAUAGUGCUUUGAAAAUAUUGGCCAAUGCUGUGGCUCGUACUAGCCUGCUUAAGACAACAAGGCCGUAAAGUUCUAUGCUAGAAUACAAUGCAUCUUAGAGCUCGCUGACCUUGACAACCUGACUACACAAUUGCUUUGUUGAAAAAGAACCGCCAUGAAUGGGUUACUGAUAACUAGCGUCACGUUCCAUUAACUACAUUUUACUGGCGUGACAGUAAAAUUGCUUUUAUUUUUAAUAGGGUCACUUCUCACUUUCUUUCUGAACUUUCUACUUCUUUCAGUGUUAGAAGGCAUUUUUUAAAAUUCAAUACUUCUCAACUCAGCAAGAAAGCCAUAUUGAAUUUGAACACAUGGUUUUAGCUAUCCCACAAUGCAUUGUUUGAGUACAAACUCACAACAGAAUUCCCCUCCGCAACAAAAUUUCCCCUCCGCAACAGAAACUAAUCAUUCUUUAUCAAAUUCAGCUAAAAACGUGAAAUCCAUUAGAACAUAAUAAAAUUAAGCCUUGGUCAAAAAUUAGAAGAUAUGAAAACAGAAAGUUGAAUUAAUUAUUUGUUAGCCUGAAAAUAAAACUAUCAGGCCUCAAAAUGUUGCGGAGGGGAAAACAGCAUCCAUGACAUUGUCUGCUGCUGUCAUUAUGGUGAAAAUAUCAAUGUUGGUCAAUACUAAAGUAACUUUGCAUUAAGUAGUUUUUGUCCCAUACCAGCUCAGCAAAAUUUUUGUUAAUAAUUUGUUAUCAGCAACACAUUUAACUUUCCCCUCCGCAACAGCUAUUUUCACUGUAUAUGGUAAUUGAUGAUAAUUUAUGCAUACACGACAACUGACAACAAACAAAGUUUACCAUUUUCACAUACUAUAACUAGUAUAUUUUCAAUUUGUCAAGAAAUUGAGUGAAACAAACAAUUUUGAUUUUUGAUAUUUUCUGUCCAAAUUACUGUGGAAUGACCCUAUUACGAUCUACAGAUAUGUGUUUGGCUGGCACAUUUGUAGGAGAAUCCUGUAGCCUCUGUCUUUUGAAGUUUGAUGUUGUGCAUGAAGGAUAACAAACCAAGGUCUGGUUACAGGUUUUAACUGUAUGGUCAAAUGUUAGGGUGAUUUGGCCUGUGUCAUAUGCUGAUCUUUUCCUAUUUUGCUUCUCAUUCUCAUUGUAGAUGCAAAACUUUUAUUGUCGAUGAAACCCGUAAAUGACACUUACUAUACAAGCAACAUACCAUCAACUUCUACUUUACCUAUCCUACAAACAUUCAUCUUUCCUUGGAUUAACUCAAGUGAUAUUUACAGCGAUGUGCACAACAACUGGAGCCCUAUGGUCUCAGUAAAAUUCCCACAUGCAUCUGUUCUUGAGCAGCAAAUUCACGAAUUCAUAUUUCCAUUCUACUUGCCAAAUGCGGACAAGGUCAUUGGUGAUAAAGAAUCUCAAGAACUCACCAUGGGCGAUGAAACAAGAGAUAUUCCUACAGUAGCUUUCAGCAGUAUACUGAAAAAACGUCACAAGAGGAUGAAGAAACACAAGUAUAGGAAAAGACGGAAGCUAGAAGUAUUCAAGCGUAGGCGUUUGCAAAAUAUCAAGGACCGAAAGAGGCGUGCUAAAGAGAGGAAAGAAGAGCGUCAGAUGCAAGAACAGGGGUCUGGUGGUUAA